UACAGUUAUGCCGUUGCCAUUUCAAUAAAAAAUAAAGAAUUAAUUGGAUGAAAUUGAGUGAUAACCUCGGAAACCAACUUCGAACCGUACGAAAUCAGCACCGUUGAUGACAUUAAUCAGCGUAUAGAAGUUUUCAAGAUCUGAACUCGAGAGAAGCAUCAUUCACCGUCUGAUGUCAAACACCAUCUCUUUACACACAUCAGACAGUUUCUGCAAGAUCAGCGUACCCCAUGCGUUGACCACGUGACCACAUCAAAAUUCCAAACUCUAAUGAAUCUCUAUCUCAUUGAAAAUUCGAAACCCUAGCUUGGCUUUACUUCACUGCCUUGUGUGAUCAGCCUCUGCAUCAAUCUCUUUCCACUCUGAACUCAACUCUUAUUCAUUGUCGGGUCAAAAGAGGGACAGAGAAGCAAGCGGGAGAAGUGAAUGGAAUAAUAUGGCUAUUUUUAUGCUCCAUUUUUUAAUUUUUUCUUCAUUGCUUAGAAAAUAUUAUGUUUAUGGUUGCAGUUGUAUUGUGAUACAUACAGUGAAAUACUGUAUGCUGGGUUUUUGAACUUCGAGCAUCAACCACCAUUGAGACCUCCAGGGCAGGGCAUGAGAAUGGAUUCUGGAUCUUCUGAUUCUUCAACUUCACCUCCUACUAAGGCUCCUGAGAUGAAACAUUCUACUACAGUUGAUACUGGAGCAGAUAAUCCUUCAGGUGAUCCACCAGCAAAACUAUCUGCUGCUGGUAUAUCAACAUGGGCCAAAAAUUUGAAAAUUCCUCAGCCAUUUGCUGGCACACAAGAAGAUUCACCACCAGGAAGUUCUGCAAAAUCAAGUUUUGCACGUUUUACUAGUGGCUUUGGACUGCGCUUGUCUCCAAAAUCUCCCCAGGCAGAAGAUGUUUCUGAGGGAACUUCAACAACUGCACAAUCUGGUUUAAUUGGAACAAUUACAAAAGGUUUGGUUGACUCAUCUAAGAGUGCAGUCAAGGCCGUACAGGUCAAAGCUAGACAUGUUGUCUCUCAAAAUAAACGAAGAUAUCAGGAAGGAGGAUUUGAUUUGGAUAUGACUUAUAUCACUGAGAAUAUAAUUGCUAUGGGGUUCCCUGCUGGUGAUAUGAGCUCAGGGUUUUUUGGAUUUGUUGAAGGAUUCUAUCGGAACCACAUGGAAGAGGUCAUUAAAUUCUUCGAAACCUAUCACAAGGACAAAUACAAAGUGUACAAUCUUUGUUCCGAGAGGCUUUAUGAUGCAUCAUUGUUUGAAGGAAAGGUAGCUAGUUUCCCAUUUGAUGACCACAAUUGCCCCCCAAUUCAGCUGAUAAUAUCAUUUUGCCAUAGUGCAUAUUCAUGGUUGAAGCAAGAUAUUGAGAAUGUUGUUGUUGUGCACUGUAAGGCUGGAAUGGCAAGGACAGGGUUAAUGAUUUCUAGCCUUUUACUGUAUUUGAAGUUCUUCCCUACUGCAGAGGAAUCCAUUGACUACUAUAACCAGAAAAGAUGUGUGGACGGAAAAGGGCUGGUUCUGCCCAGUCAAAUUAGGUAUGUCAAAUAUUUUGAACGUGUCCAAACCUACUUCAACGGAGAGAACCAGCCUGGGCGUAGGUGCUUGCUUAGGGGCUUUCGGCUUCACAGGUGUCCAUACUGGAUCAGACCCCACAUAACUGUCUCUGACCAUAGUGGUGUUCUAUUCUCCACAAAAAAGCAUCCAAGAACCAAGGAUUUAUCGUCUGAAGAUUUUUGGUUUACUGCUCCAAAGAAAGGCGUUAUGGUUUUUGCCCUGCCUGGAGAGCCAGGUUUGGCAGAGUUGGCUGGCGAUUUCAAAAUCCAUUUUCAUGACCGCCAAGGAGAUUUUUACUGCUGGUUAAACACAACCAUGAUGGAAAACAGAAAAAUUCUGAACACCGGUGAUCUUGAUGGGUUUGACAAGAGGAAAUUGCCUUCACCUGGAUUCCAGGUCGAGGUUGUAUUAGUAGAUUAUAAUGGCCCUGUUCCAGCGAGCCCUAGUUCUGAAACUGUUACCAAGAAAUCAGAUGAAAGCUCAGGUUCUGCUCCCGCUUUGGUUAAUCAUGGUGUAGCUGCUCCAAAUGAAAAUAAGGAGACAGGAAAUCCUGAUAAUGAUGAUGUGUUUUCAGAUGGUGAGGCAGAAGAAGGUGGUUCUUCCAAAAGCAAGAAAGCUCUGGCAGCUGGAGGAACUGCCUCAACCACCUCUGGUUAUGAAACAAAAAAUAAUUCAGAUAAAGUUGCUAAUUUAGCUCAUGCAACGGAGAAAGUUUCAUUGGGAAAUGUUGGGGCGCAACCAGCAGAGUCUACUAGUGAGCUGAAAAAGGAAGCAGCGGCAGUAGGGGGAGGUAUCCCGGGCCAUGAAGUUCCUAACACACAAAGUGAAUUCAAGGCAAUGGCUGCUGAUGCAUCUGUUUUUUCAUUUGGAGAUGAAGACGACUAUGAAAGUGAGUGAUGUGGGUGGGUUGGAUUUAAAAGAUGUGUACAUAAAGGUGUCUUGCAAAUUAUAUGUAGACGAUGG